AUGGCGCCUCCCGCCCUUGACGUCUCCAAGGAUGACCCCGGGGAUUCACCUCGGGGUCCGCUGAGCGUCGCGAGCGACACGUCCCACUCGAUGGAGAGCCCGAGCGCGGCCGAGGACGUCGACGAUGACUUCACCUUCGACUCUCCGAGGGCGUCGUCGCCCGCGUUCUCGCCGUCGUCAGUCUCCGGCAACGGCACGGACGGCUCCUUCGAUCGCGACUACGUUUGGGGAGUGAGCCCCGCGAGCGUGACGAAACGAGACGACGGGGAGACGGGAACCGCUCGUGAACCCCGGCCGACGGGUCGAGAGCGGCGGGACCGGGCGGCGUCCUCGGCCGCCGUCGUCGAGGCCGUCGUCGGGGCCAUCGCCAGCCGACCGUUUCAAUCGUCGCUCGGGGCGGGGAAACACCACCCGGCGGGCCUUAGACCCACGCCGCCGGUGGAUCUGGGACCGGAGACCAAGGCGCCGAUAUCCCCCCGGGCCGCCAAGGCGAUCGGCGGGUGGAGAGUGGUGAGGAGGCCGAGGCCGCCGGCGGAGCGAUCGGAGAGAUCGUCGCGCGGGUCGCCGAGGGCCAAAGGCAGGAGGCUGGUGUUCGCGUGA